AUGUAUGCAGCAAUCUGUGAAUCUAUUAUGUAUUCAGUACAUGAGGAAACGAAAACCGGAUUCUUGAUAGAUAACAUAUUAAAAGAUUUGAAAGUGGAUGUCAAGGAGCUUUCUUCUUGAAAAGCCCAGCUGAGAUCUCAGAGUUCCAAACAAUAUUUUCAUCUGGAUCCUAAUACCAGGGAUGUGAUAGUAAAGAAUAACAUUGAUUGGGAGGCUCUGUGUGGUCAGAAUGACCCUUGUGUUCUACUCUCUGAAAUUGUGCUAGAAAAUCUAUUGCAGCUAUACAGAAUUGACACUGAAAUAGAAGACGUGAAUGAUAACUCCCCCAAAUUCUCCAAAGAAUUCUUUUUUGAAUUACCUGAACUGGUUUCCACCAACACCCAUUUGCUCUUGGAAGAAGCUGAAGAUUCAGACAAAGGAGAAAAUUCUGUUCAGAACUACAUAUUUAGUCCUAAUGAAUAUUUUAGGCUAGAUGUACAAAACAACAGUGAUGGUAGUAAAUAUGCAGAAUUGGUACUGGAGAAACCAUUAGAUUGUGAGAAUGUUUCACAGUUGAUUCUGAUGGUGUCAACUGUAGAUGGAGGCUUUCCAAUCAGAGCUGGUACAACACAAAUAGUUAUUGCUGUUCUAGACAUUAAUGAUAACUGUCCUCAUUUUGAACUUUACCAAGUGAAAUUAAGGGAAAACAAACAGUUGGAUACCCUUGUUACUAAAGUGGAAGCCAGUGACAGAGACACUGGAUCCAAUGCUCAUAUCUUUCAGACAAAUGUCAGAGUAUUCAGAUCAUUUAAGCUAAACAGAAAUACUGGAGAACUUAUUCUUGAAAGAACAACUGAUUAUGAAGAAAACAGUAAUUAUGAACUGAACAUCAACGCCACAGAUGGAGGAGGACUCUGCUUAUUGAAGGUGAAUAUUGAAGAUGACAAUGAUAAUACCCCAGAAGUGAUCAUAUCAUCUGUAACUAACCUUUUACCAGAAGAGUCUCCACCAGAAACAGCGGUGGCUGUCUUCAGUGUCACAGAUAGAGAUUCUGGAGAUAAUGGCAAGUCUUACACUGAUUCAAACCUACCCUUUAUUCUAAAACCCACAAAGAACAAUUAUUACCAGCUUGUGACCCAAUGGCCAUUGGACAGAGAGCAAGUAUUGGAAUAUAACAUUACCAUUACAGCCACUGACCAAGGCUCCCCCAGACUCAGUUCAAUGAGAAUUAUUAACAUUCAAAUUUCAGAUGUUAAUGACAACCUACCAGUAUUUGAAACAUCUUUCUAUGAUUUCCACUUACGUGAAAACAACAUUCCAGGUCUGCUCAUCGGAUCAGUCCAUGCGGUUGAUCUGGAUGCAGGGCAAAACGCCAAAGUGACCUACUCGCUUUUGCUUGGAAAGAUCAGGGAAGGGCCCGCAUCGUCUUAUAUCUCCAUCAACUCUGAAACUGGGAACCUAUAUGCCAUUCGAUCUAUAGAUUAUGAGGAUAUGCAAGAUUUCCAGGUGAUGGUAAAGGCUGUAGAUAAAGGUUCACCUCCACUGAGCUCAGAAACAAUGGUCCGAGUUCACAUCAUGGAUGAAAAUGACAACGCCCCCUUCAUCCUCUGCCCACUUCAGAACAGCACUUCUCCAUCAAAUGAUCUUGUUCCCAGGGGGGCAGAGACAGGCUACCUGGUCACCAAAGUUGUGGCAGUGGACAGAGAUUCAGGGCAGAAUUCUUGGCUUUCCUAUCAAUUGCUGAAGGCCACAGAUCCAAGUCUCUUUGUUGCGGGGACUCAGAACGGGGAAGUGAAAACCAUGAGGCCAGUAAACAACCGAGAUAGUUUCAAACACACUCUU